CAUCACGGCAGUGAACGCGCCGCGCACACACCACACACCACACCCGCCACACACAGGCAAGGCGCGCGGGAGGGCAUCCAUCCAUCCAUCUACGCCUUGCCCUUCUUGCCCUUCUUGCCGCCGCCGCCCCCCUCACCACCGCCAGCCUCCUGGCCGCCGCCCUCCAUGUCCUAAAAGCAAAGCAACCACAGACACGGACACAGACGGCAGAUGAGAUGGAAUGGCAUAGACGACACCAUGUGCGCUGACCAGGCCGACCAUCUAUCUACGCUAUGUGAGUGAUGUGCCCUAGUUAGGUCACUCUCUCACUCACCUUCUUGUAGGUGAGUCCGCACUUGCCGCAGUAGAAGCGGUCGAAGUGGUUUGCGAAGAAAAUGCCGCUGCCGCAGAUCUCGGCGGGGCACUCCUUCCGCAGACGGGAAACCUUGCCCGCGUUGUCCACCUUGUAGUACUUCAAAAUCGCCAACUUCACCUGCACAACCACAACCACACACAGACAGACAACACAGAGAGAGAAAGAGAGGUGAGCACGUCUGUCUGUCUGGCGGAUGACCGACCGACCUUCUUCUUUUUGUGUUUUGGUUUCUUUGGUUUGGUGUAGGUCUUCUUCUUCCGCUUCUUGCCGCCGCCCAACAGAUCUCCCGUCACCACAAACAGGGUCGCCUCCUGCACACAGCACAACACAAACCAACCAACCACACAGCUCACAGUGUGUAGGUGAGGGUCUCGUGUGUGUGGAGUGAAUACGGACAGACCAACCCCAGCCCACCCACCUGUUGGAUGCCGUAGUCGGCGAGAGUGAAGUCAUCCUCGAGCUGAGAGAAGGAGCCAUAAACCAGCCUCUGCUCACACACGGGGAUGCCUGAACCAAACACAGCCACAGCACAGCAGACGUCAUGCCCGCGUGCCACCACUCCCUCCCUCCCUCCCUCCCCACCGACCGUAGGUGCUCUCGAGGGUCCCCUUGAUGUGGGCGAUGGUGGUGUCGGCGGUCACAUCCACCGGCAGGGUCUCGCCGCCACACCCACGGACAAAGAUCUGCGCCAUUCUGGAGCCAAUUGCGCUGGGAUCUGGG